CUCGUUCCGUAACUUUUAGCUGUUUUGUUUUGUUUUGUUUUUUCCUCUGCCUUUAACGCAUUCUUUGGUUCCAUAAACAUUUAUUUAGCGUCUUCCGUGGGCCAGGUACUGUCCUAAAUUCUGGGAUUACGAAAAAGAGGCAAAACAGCCCCUACCUUCAAAGAGUUUACAAUCUCAUGAGAGAUUGUACAAACAAAUAUGUGCAAACUACAUAUAGGAUAAAUUUAGGAAAAAAUUUACAGAGGGAAAGCCGUGGAAUGAAGAAAGGCUGGGGAAGGCUUCCAGUAGAGUGGAAUUUUAGUUUAGUACUUAAAGCAAGCCAGGGAGGUCAGUAUUCAAGAAAAGAAGAGUAUUCUGGUUAUUGGAGAAAGCCAAACAAAAUGUCCAAAGCUCAGAAAUGGAGUGUCUAUUAUGGAACAAUCUGGAGACCUGUGUCACCACCGAAGAGUAAAUGUCGGGGGAAAAAAUGGAACAUGUAGAUGGUUCUGAUCAGAAUAUUAAGGAGGAAUCACUUACAGGUGAAGUGAAAGGUAGGAAUGUGAUUCAGCAUGUUGCUCAGGAAGAACAAGGACAACUCCUUUUUCAUGAAGAAACCAUUGAUCUUGGUGGAGAUGAAUUUGAAUCUGAAGAGAAUGAAACUGUCUCAGAAGAUUCAAAUAACUUCAUAGAUAAGCUUAAUGAGCACAUGAUGGAAAGUGUUAUUAUUUCUGAUUCUCCCAACAACAGUGAAGAUGAUGUCGGUGAACUUGGUUGCUUGCAGGACAUUGUUGAGCCCACAGAAGAUAAAAGUGAUCACAAUUUGGAACAAAUGCUUGAUAAAGAAGAGAUGGUAACACUGAGUAAUGAUAGUGAAACUGAUCAUGAUGAUACACCUAAAGACAUUUCUGACAUGACAAGUGACAGCAGAGCAUCUUUGAAAGAAGAGCUGACUCAAGAAGAAACAAAAGAUGAACCCAUGUUUGGAAAUGAAGGAACAAUUGACUCAGCUCUAAGUGAUGACAAAACUAACCCAGAGGAGCAGAUGUCAGAAAUAUCUUCUAGUCAGUCUUCUAAAGAUGAUGCUGUUCCUGUGUGUACCAUUUUCAGCCAGUCAAAUCAAGCUAAUUCUCAGCCUCAGUUGUUCCUUCAUGAUGGCUUUGAACCCCAGAUGGUGAAAUCUCCCAGUUUUAGCAGUGCAAGUGAAACUUCUGCCAAGACCCCACCACAGGUGGUUCAGCCAAGUCCUAGCCUAAGCAAAUUUUUUGGAGAUACUGUUAAUACUAAUUCCUUGGCUUCUGAUUUUUUUGAUUCAUUUACUACUUCUACUUUUAUUUCUGUCAGUAAUCCAAAUGCAGGUACCUCGGUGCCAGAAAAACUGUCCUCUCUUUCUACCCCAGUGGGUGAAAGUUCUCCUGAUUCUGCUGAUCCUUCUUACUCCAUGGGAAUUGAAAGAUCAGAAUCUGGUGUUUCCACAGCAUCUCUAGAAGCUUCUCAGUCUCCAAAGCCAUUUUCACAGAUCCAGGCUGUCUUUGCAAGUAGUGAUGAUCCUUUUGCCACAGCCCUGAAUAUGAGUGAAAUAGAUCGAAGAAAUGAUGCAUGGCUUCCCAGUGAGGACACAAGAAAUGUUUUAAUUUCUGUAGCAACUCAACAGUAUAGUGCAGUAUUCAUAGAUAAGGAAAAUCUCACCAUGCCAGGCUUAAAAUUUGACAAUAUUCAGGGAGAUGCAGUUAAAGACUUGAUGCUCCGUUUCCUGGGUGAACAGGCUGCAUCAAAGAGACAAGUUUUGAAUGCUAACUCAGUGGAACAGUCUUUUGUUGGAUUGAAACAGCUAAUUAACAGCAAAAACUGGAGAGCAGCAGUUGACCUGUGUGGACGACUUCUUACAGCCCAUGGCCAAGGCUAUGGCAAAAGUGGUCUACCUACCAGUCACACAACAGAUUCUCUACAGCUCUGGUUCGUGAGGCUGGCCCUGUUAGUGAAACUGAGCCUUUUCCAGAAUGCUGAAGUGGAAUUUGAGCCUUUUGGGAAUCUGGACCAGCCUGAUCUUUAUUAUGAGUACUACCCUCAUGUAUAUCCUGGCCGAAGGGGUUCAAUGGUGCCUUUCUCAAUGAGGAUUUUGCAUGCAGAGCUUCAACAAUAUCUGGGAAACCCUCAAGAGUCACUUGAUAGACUUCACAGCAUGAAAACCAUCUGUAGUAAGAUACUGAGAAAUUUGGAACAAGGCUUAGCUGAAGAUGGGAGCAUGAGUAACAUUACACAAGAAAACAGGAAUGCCUCUGUUCAACUGUGGAGGUCACGUCUGGGCCGGGUGAUGUACUCCAUGGCAAACUGUCUGCUAAUGAUGAAGGAUUAUGUACUUGCUGUAGAUGCAUAUCAUUCAGUCAUCAAAUAUUACCCAGAACAAGAGCCUCAGCUGUUGAGUGGAAUUGGAAGAAUUUUCCUUCAGAUUGGAGACAUAAAAAUGGCUGAAAAGUAUUUUCAAGAUGUUGAGAGAGUAUCACAGAAACUGGAUGGACUUCAAAAUAAAAUAAUGGUUUUAAUGAACAGAGCAUUCCUUCAUCUGGGACAGAAUAACUUUGCAGAGGCUCACAAAUUCUUCACAGAAAUUCUGAGGAUUGAACCAACAAAUGCAGUGGCUAAUAACAAUGCUGCUGUUUGUCUGCUUUAUCUGGGGAAAUUGAAGGAUUCCCUCCGGCAGCUGGAAGGGAUGGUUCAGCAGGACCCUAAACACUACCUACAUGAGAGUGUUCUUUUCAAUUUGACAACUAUGUAUGAACUGGAAUCAUCCCGCAGUAUGCAGAAGAAGCAGUCUCUGCUUGAGGCUGUAGCUGUCAAAGAGGGUGACAGCUUUAACACUCAGUGUCUCAAGUUAGGAUAGAUCAUUUAAUUUUGCCAGUUCCUUUCCUGAAAGGCUAAUGGUUUUUUAAACCAAAAAAAAAACUGUAUAUACUAAAGCUAAUAUAUAAAUGUUACUGUAACUGAUUAAAUAAAAAUCUCUUGUAUUAUUAUAAUUUGGGAGAGUUGCCACGAUGUCUAAAGAAGGUCUGGAGCAACCACCCAAGCUCUCCCAGCCUGACAGUUUAUUGAACUUCAGCCAGCUUUCUCCCUGCAGCCCUGCCACUAUUUUUUGGAGAAAAAGGAGGUAAACAUACUAUUAGACUGUUAUUCAUAGCUAGAGACAAUUCAAAUUAUGCAGUUGGAGGCCUUUUGUUUACUCACUGAAACUAACCUGCUUCAUUUAUUUAUUUCUGAAUAUCCUUAGAGAGAAGUUGAAAAAUAUAAUACAAACUAAACUCAGUAUAUACCCAAGAAUUCAAGGGAAUGUAUGAAUAAUGAAAGGGAAAUUUCAAACACAGACUGCCAUUUAUCUUCUACAACUGGUAGUCACCUACUCCUGCAUCCCCCUAAAACUAAAGACUUCAGUUUUAUUAAUCAAAUUCUUUUUCGACCUCAUACUUAAAACCUUGGGCUCCCAGACAAGUUCUUUAAUCCAGGAAGAAGAAUCCAUCACUGAGCCUCUUCUCUUUUAUACUUUAUAAACUAGGUGCAGGGGAGUGAACCAUAUAAAUGAAAUACAAUUUUUGAAAGUGAAAUAUACAAAGUGUUCAAUAUUUUAGUAUUUUUAUGUGUAUAUAUCAAUUGGGAGGCAUUCUAAGACCAAAAUACACAUAUGUUUGGGUUUUAUUCCAUUACUAUGCUUAGGUCACUUUCUUUUUGAGAGUCCAGUAUACAAAAAAGGCAAAUGAGGGGAUGGUUAUUCACAUCACUAAAGGAUUCUUCACAAUACAGAAGUAUAAUCCUCAAGGGCUUCUUAAAUUAGAAGCAUUUUAAAUGAUUUAAUUUAAACAAACUGGUCAGAAAUAAAUCUGUUGCAAAACAAGGUAAACCUGUAUUUCCUUUUGACUUGUAGAGGUUUUGGUUUGUUUGUAUUUUUAAUGCAUAAAUUCCUCAAUACAGGUAUCUGUCUGGAAAAUAUUUUUAAAGUACCAUGAAAUAAUUUAGAGGAGCAUCUCUUAACCUUGGUUCAUAAGCCUAUUUAUAAAAUAUUUUUAUAGCUAUUUCAAUAUCAUUAGUUUCCUUUGUAAUAAUUUGUGUUUUGUUUUAUGUAUUUAAAAACAUUCUGAGAACAAAGAGUCCAUAGGCCUAAGGAGUUUCCCUGGCAAACAAAUAAAGAGUUAAGAAACCCUGCUUUAGAGACUGAUUUUAGAAUUAAAAUGAAGAAUAUAAAAGAGACUGAGAUUAUA